AUGCUUCCCACAUUCUGCUCCCAGAGGGGGCAUGCUACGGCACUGCUGCUUUUCCUGGCUUCUUUGCAUAUUACCUCUUGUGGGAAGCUCCUGGUGGUACCCAUGGAUGGAAGCCAUUGGCUGAGUAUGCAGUCAGUCUUAAAGCAGCUGAAAGAAAAUGGACACGAGAUAGUCACUGUCGCACCUGAAGUAAACCUGCACAUAAAACCUUCUGAUGAUCUUUAUACCCUGAAAAUCUGUCCAGUGCCUUUCACACAAGCAGAGCUGGAGGAACAUUUUAGGCACUUCAUAAAUGGAAUUUUUGAUGAGCUGUCUUUUCUAGUUAUGGUUGUUGAACGAUAUAAGGCUAUAAGAAAGACUUUGGAGAUGUUGUUUUCCACUUGUACGUCCUUAAUAUACAAUGAAGAACUGAUGAGGUACAUUGAGCAGAGUAAGUUUGAUGCACUUUUUACAGACCCUAUGAUGCCAUGUGGCCAAAUAGUUGCCGAAUAUCUCGGCAUCCCUUCUGUAUUUUUCUUGCUGCAAGGGACUUCUUGUGGUUUAGACUCUGAGGCCCUUCAGUGCCCCAGCCCUCCUUCGUACGUUCCAAGAAUACUCACAACAAAUACAGACCAUAUGACGUUUGCACAACAUGUGAACAAUCUGCUGAUGUACGUGUCAGAAUUCUUCCUUUAUGGUUUUCUGUACUCUCCUUACUCAAGUCUUGCUACAGAGUUUCUUCAGAAAGACAUAACUGUCGUAGAACUUUUGAGUCACGCAUCACUUUGGCUGACAAGAGCAGACUUUACAUUUGAUUAUCCCAAACUGUUAAUGCCGAAUGUGGUUGCAAUUGGAGGGAUAAACUGUGCGGGGGGGAAAUCCUUAACUCAGCUGGCAUGA